ACGACCGAACGCUACCAUUAUGGCCACUCUGAGCGGAUUCUAUGGCUGGACAGAUACGCUCAAGGGCGUAUACUACGGUCCUGGCGUCAUCCAAGCCGCUCUUCCCAAACUCCUCUCUACCCUCAGCGGCACGAAAGCGCUUAUCGUAACCGGGAAGACCCUGUAUCACAAGACUGACGUCGUGAAGACCGUGGAGUCCAUCCUGCGCGCCAACAACGCAUACGGCGCCACAUUCUACGACAUCGGCGAGCAUUCCCCCAUCGCAGGCAUCCGCGCAGGCGUCUCCGCCUUCCGCGACAGUGGCUGCGAUAUCAUCGUCUCCGUUGGCGGUGGCUCGCCCAUCGAUGCCUCGAAGGCCAUUCUAUACUACAUCCAGCCGGAGCGCGGUGGCCCGAUGCCGUUGCAAAUUGCCGUGCCUACGACGCUGAGCGCGGCGGAGUACACCGUUGGCGCAGGUUUCACCGACGAGAAAGGUAACAAGACGGGGGUAAUGUCGCCUGAACUGGCGCCGGCUGGGAUCAUCCUCGACGCAGAGCUCACGCUAGCGACUCCCGAGCGGCUCUGGUUGUCGACGGGCAUGCGCGCAUUGGACCACGCGGUAGAAAACCUCUACCGUCAGGUUACCCCCAUCCCGUUGAAGGCACUGGCCUACGCGGCGAUCGCCGACCUCUUUGAGUAUCUGCCCAAAUCGAAGGCGGAUCCGGGGUCAGUCGAGGUGCGGCAGAAACUGCAGAUUGCGAGUUGGAUGUCGCUCUGGCCGCUCAGGCAAGACGCAGGACAAUUCGCGCCACUGGGACUCUCUCAUGGACUGGGGCAUAAGCUCGGCGCAACAUACGGAAUCCCGCACGGGAUUACAUCGUGCUUGACGCUCGCGUCCGUUGUUGCUCUGCAAGCCGAGAUAGGCUCCGAAGAUGACAAGCAGAGCCUUUCGAAGGCACUCUUCUACAUUCAGGAGCCAUCCAGUGGCGACCUCAAGCGGGAUGUCCUGACACUUGCAUCGCGAAUUCAUGGGCUUGUCGAGUCUCUAGGGCUAGCGUCCAGCCUCGAAGGCUAUAAGGUGCCCAAGGAAGACUUUACCAAGAUAGCGGCGCAAACAGUGGGGAGCAAUGGCCCGCUCCAUGCCAAGGUGUUGGGCUUGCUGAACGAUAUAUACGUACCUGGCUUUAAGGUCGGUGCAUAAGCUGGAUAAUAGCCAUGGGCAGUUGCACUUUCUACGUAUAUCCUGUUCGUGAGCUGAAGGAUCAAGACAGUGUACGAAUGGUUUCGUUGACUGGCCUUGUUCGCUUCAACUGGUCCGAGUCGUAUUCUUCUACUUUCGCCGUUCGUAAUAGGAAAGGUUCUCUUUCGC